AUGCCAAACAUCUAUGAGAUAUCAAAUGAUAAAGUUGUGGGUUUUGAGGAGGAAGCACAAACAAUCAUAGAUCAACUUAUUCAUGGGUCAAAGGAUAGAGAAGUUGUUUUAAUUACUGGUAUGGGCGGGUUAGGAAAGACGACUUUGGCCAAGAGAGUGUAUGAUGAGAAAAUUGUAGUCGAUCACUUUCACAAACGUGUAUGGUGUACUAUUUCUCAAGAAUAUGAUUAUACGGACUUGUUGAACAAAAUAUAUAAUCAAGUUUGUGACAAGGAGAUAGAGAUCGGUACUGUAAUGGAAAAGCUUUGCAAAAGUCUGAAGGGAUGGAGAUACCUCAUAGUAUUGGAUGAUAUUUGGAGUCUCAAGGCAUGGGAAGAGUUGAAUAGAGCUUUCCCCAAAUGUCACAAUGGAAGUAGAAUUGUUUUAACAAGCAGACAAGAUAAUAUAGUUCCUGAUGCUAAACAUAUUUACCUUCGAUUCUUCACUGUGGAUGAGAGCUGGGAAUUAUUGCAAGUGAAGUUAUUUAAAGGGAAGGGAUGCCCUAAAGAGCUUGAAAAUAUUGGACAAGAAAUAUCUAAAAAGUGUGGGGGACUACCUUUGGUAGUUGGUUUGGUAGCCGGGCUUCUGGGAGGAGUUGAAAGGAGUGAGCAAAUGUGGCAAGAAGUUCUUAAUACUUUAAGCUCACAAGUUGCAUUUAGAGGCGGAAUAAAGAUCAAUGAUGCAAUAGAACUUAGUUACAAUUAUUUACCAGAUCAUUUGAGGAACUGCUUACUUUACUAUGCAGCAUUCCCGGAAGAUGAAGCAAUUGCAGCUUUUAAAUUGAUAAAUCUAUGGAUAUCUGAAGGAUUCAUAGAUCUUAAAGAGAAAGAGAGGGAGAGGGUAGAAGACGUGGCAGAGGAUUUCUUGAAUUAUCUGGUUGGUAGUAACCUAGUUAUGGUGUAUCAAAUAAAUUAUGAUGGUCGCAUCUUAUCAUGUGGGGUUCAUGAUUUGGUACGCGACUUUUGUUUGACAAAAGCUAAAGAGAAAAAUUUCUUGCACAUAACUAAGAUGGAGAAUGUGUUGGAUCCAACUCUAAAGUUGACUCCACAUCGAAUAUCUUUCCAUAGAUGUAGUGUUCACCAUGAGAUUCCUAAUGAAUUGGUACCUUGGAAUUCUUCUAUCCGCACACUUUUGGGUUUUGAAAAUUUUUACACUCCAGAAGCAUAUGAUCAACACAUUUAUAAAAGCUCAUGGGUUGGUAAAAAAUUUGAACAUCUCACAAUCUUGGAUUUAGAGUUUAUUCAAGUGGACAUAUCAAUUAUGUUUGAAGUGAACUCAUUAAUUCAUCUAAGGUACCUAGCUCUCAAAUUAUGUGGAAGCGGCUCUAUUUCUCCAUGGUUACUCGAGAAUCUUGAGUGUCUCGUAAUGUUAAAGUUGACUUCAAGAGAAGAUGUGCAUUUGCCAAAAGUUUUUUGGAAUAUGCGAAGUUUGAGGCAUAUGGUUAUCCAGCACUGCUGUUCUAAGUCAUGCCCAAUAAAAGAGCCAUCCGUUAUGGAACCAAUUCCCCAUGGUUCAGAAAUCUUACAAACCUUGGAUUUGGAUACUCAUCUCUCUAUAAGGGACGAGCAUCUAUUGAGGAAAUUUCUUGGUCUCAAAUUCUUGAGGUGUGCGGUCCCAGAAUCAUAUCCAUUUGCUGAAUUUGAGUUUCUCCAUCAUCUUGAGUAUCUUGAGUUAUGCGGCAUUGGACUACAUCUUCUUAAUGAUCUUAAAGUCACCAAGUUCCCACCGAAUAUUAAAGAAAUAUAUUUCAUUAAGAUUACUCUUUCAUCGUCUGCAAUCUCAAUAAUUGCACGACUCUCCAAACUCGAGGCUCUAACACUAGAGUCUUGCGAGUUCGAGGAGGGUUCAGAAUGGAAUGUGGAUGAGGAUACCCAAUUCUGCAAACUCAAAUAUCUCAAACUGUCAUAUCUUGAUGAUUUAAGAAUUUGGAAUGUUAGCAGUGCUGCCGAGUCCUUUCCUUGCCUGGAGCAAUUAAUUCUGUAUGAAUGUUUUAGGUUAGAGGGGUUGUCAUAUAGCUUUGCAGAUAUUUCAACAUUGGAACUGAUCAGUGUUGUGAACGGUCCCGGUGUUGACAGUUCAGUGAAUGAAAUCCAAGAAGAGCUACAGAAUAUGGGAAAUGAGCAACACACUGUUCACAUUGAUAAUAGGCCUUGGUGGAGCCGCUAUUGUACAGACGACGACACAGACACAAGUCCUCCCCUCAUUGAUACAUGGCAUGAUUGGUUUCCAUGCUUGGAGUAA